UGGGUCGCUUGACUAGCAAUAGCGUGUGCAGUGGAGCGCUCGGCGAGUUCUUCUUCCCGACUCCUCAAUUUGUUAAUAAUAAUUGUACUUCUUCCUAAGUUUGAAGAUUUUCGAAAGUGUAAAAUUUAAAUUUUUAAAGGACAGGUAAUUUUUUUAACUCACGUGAAUUAUACUUUUUUACUCCUAACGAGUAACAAAUUACAAUCCAAAAAUUAUAUGAAGGCGUAUAAGUCCAUUAAACAGUUUGUGGAAAAAGUGAAGUACUUGGCCCUUCUGCCUGCACAAAAUAUAGAAACAAUUUUCGAAGAAUUGCUUAAGGACUUGACUUCAGAGGAUCAGGUUCUUCUUCUUCUUCGUGGCACAGAACAUACGUUUACAUCCGUGUUAUCAAUUCUCGACGAUUUCAUUGGAUAUUUUCGUCGACAUUGGCUGAGGAUAACAACUCCUGCGAACUUCUCAGUCUGCAGGGAGAAGAGGAGGACGAACAACGAUACAGAGCGGAAUAAUCGAUCGUGGCAUGAAUUCGUAGGAAAUCAUCCACGAUUUGUAGACUUCACCGGUAUGUUGUAUGCUAUUUAGCGAUUUGGUUGAAAGGACAUUUAAUCGAAAAAUCAUUUGGUCGACUGAACAUUUUAUCCAAUAGUAAUAUGGUGGAAAAGAAAUUUUAUCAAUAGAAAUUUUUAUAGAAUAUUAGCUUAAAAAACAUUUGUUAUAAAUAAGACAAAACAGUAUAAACAAAACUGAAUUUCACUUUUACAUAUUCCAGAUUCGUUAGUUAGGUUUAUCAAGAAUACGCACUUAGAUUAUGAACAGAGGAAAAGGAAUAGUAGUUCUCAAAGGCGAUUGUCUGAAAAGGAGAAGAGACGAGAAGGCAUCAUCAAAGAAGGAUGGAAAAAUUUGUCAGAAUGCGAAUUCCAGACACAGAGGGGACGUAAAGAAAUAAUUAUGAAUUUCUUGACCAAGUGUACCACGAUAAAAGAUAAUUGUCUAGAGACUCACAAAUCCUUUAUAAAUGGAGGUAAUAUUUUAUAAAAGAAAAAAUUCUUAUUCAAGGUCCAAGAAGACUAGAAACAGGAGGUGAGGAAUCUAAACAUAUGUGGCUAGAAGCUAUGGGAGAUAACCUCAAGAGAGAAAGAGGCAAUCGAGUCAAGAAGUGUUUAUUCAUUUGUGAGCAACACUUCACAGAAGAUUGUCUUAAACAUGAUCCGAGAGAAAUAUUGAAGGAUGGGAAUGUAACUGUCAUGUCACAGCAAAAUUUUAUUCUUUUAUAUAUAAGUAAAAAAAAUUGUUUAAAAUAAAAUUUAUUUUCCAUGCAGUCAGAUGUUGA